ACUGAUUCUAACCUAUCUUUUGCUCACGGUACAGUUGUGUACACGUGAUAUUUCUUCAAACGUUUCUUGUUACUGCAAUAGCAUAAUCAUUUUUAGUGUAGUUAAGUGUCUAAGUUAGUGAAUAAAAUCAAAGAAAAAUGGCAAAGUUCUGUUUAAAAAAGCAGAGCAAGCGUAUGCCCGCUCGAAAAAGAUAUAAAAUCGAAAAAAAAGUUCGCGAACACAAUCGAAAAUUAAGAAAAGCAGCUAAAAAACAUCCAAAAAAUAAACCAAAAGUCAUUGAAGUUCCAAAUCAAUGCCCUUUCAAAGAGGAUAUACUGAAAGAGGUAGAGGAUAUGAGGAAACAGCGUGAGGAAGAAAAGCGAAAAUUACGUGAAGCUGCUCGUGAAAAGAAGAAAGAGGAGCUUGCUAAAGGAGGUCUGGAAGGAUUGGUGUCAUCAGCACAGCGUAAACAAGCUGAACACACAGAAAUGGAAACAGAUAAUGUACAUGAAAAAAUAAAAGAGGCCGUGGCACAAAAAGAAAAUUCAUUAAAAGCUUACUACAAAGAAUUCAAAAAAGUAUUAGACACUGCAGACAUUAUUCUUGAAGUUGUUGAUGCCAGAGAUCCUUUAGGAACCAGAUGUAAAGAGGUUGAAGAAGCAGUACAGUCUGCAAAGGGAAACAAGAGAUUAGUAAUUGUUUUAAAUAAGGCAGAUUUAGUACCCAGAGAAAAUUUAGAUCAGUGGUUAAAAUAUUUGCGUGCUAGUUUUCCAACUGUUCCAUUUAAGGCUUCAACUCAAGAUCAAGCAAAAAGGUUAGGUAGAAGGAAAUUAGCAAAAAAGUCAGAAGAUAUGAUACAAAGUGGUACCUGUUUUGGUGCUGAAUUACUUAUGGAGUUACUUGGAAACUACUGCAGAAAUGCUGGAAAUGUUAAAACUAGUAUUAGAGUGGGAGUUGUUGGACUUCCAAAUGUUGGAAAAUCUAGUAUAAUUAAUUCUAUGAAACGUCGUAAAGCCUGUAGUGUAGGAAGUACACCAGGAGUAACAAAGGCUAUGCAAGCAGUACAGCUGGAUUCCAAAAUACAUUUACUAGAUUCACCAGGAAUAGUCUUUGCUAAAGACUAUGGUGAAAACGGCGAUGAAGCGUCAGUGGCUCUGAAAAAUGCAGUAAAGAUACAAUCUUUGAGAGAUCCAUACACACCAGCAUCUACUAUUUUAAAAAGAAUUUCAAAGCCACAAUUAAUGGAACUUUAUAAUAUACCAGAAUUUUCAACGCCUGACGAAUUCUUUGCUUUGAAAGCUGCUAGAAUGGGAAAGUAUAGGAGAGGAGGUAUACCUGAUAAGUUAGCGGCAGCUCGUAGUGUUUUGGAAGAUUGGAAUUCUGGAAAAAUCAGGUACUACACUGUUCCUCCUGAACAAUCGGUUUGUCAUGUAUCUGCAGAAAUUGUCAGCCAGAUGAGUAAAGAAUUUGAUAUUGACAGUGUCAUUACACAGGAAAAAAUGAUACUUGAUAAUUUGGAACAAGAAUCUAAAGACAAACCACUUGUCGAUCCGUUGUUAAUCGAAAGCUCCGGGCCAGUUACCUCUGUAAUGGAAAUUGACGCGCAGAAAGAAACACAAAUCAAGAUACAGAACAAGAUAAAGAAGAAAACAGAAAAUAUGAAAAAGAACAGAAAUGAAACAAGGAAGAAGAAAGUAGACCCAAUUUUUGAGAUCGAAGGCAAUCAAAAAUUAAAUAAACUUAAUAAAUUGCAAUUUAAAAAAGAGAAGAAGAACAGAGCAAGAAGAGAAAAACUAGCAGUAAGUUUGGCGGGCAAAUUUGAAGGAUUCAACAUCAGUGCUCCUGAUGACUACGACUUCAGUACCGAUUUCGUGGAAAAAUAAAUAUACUGUAAAAUUGUUUAUUUUCUAGAAAUAAAUUUAUACAAUAGGUGAAU